AUGGGUGGCAUUUUGUUGUCCAACAUCGUCGUACUGGGCCCGCGCACUCCGCGGACUGCCUUACAGGAGUACACUCCGGAGGCAGAUUUGCGAAUUAAGCAACGCCGGAAGCUUGGGGCUAGUGAUGGCACCGGCUGGCUUGAGAGCGAGAGCUUGGGCCGCCCACCCUACUGGAACCACCGGAAGAUGACCCUGACGGGUGAUGGGAAAGCUUCGUUGCGGAUACAUCCUCAAAGCUUCGACAACGAGAGGAAAGGGCCGUUGUCAAUACAAGGCGGCACUGGGGUCGGCGAUGCGGCGACAGAUCUACCGAAGCGUCAGGCCGUGAUCUGUAAUGGUUACGACAAGGUCUGA